UCGAUCUGAAUUAAUUUGUGCAUUCUCGUUCAUUUAAUUUUGUAGGUAGCCACGAUUUGGGUCCGAACAAAAACGUGAAAGUCAAUAGGUUGAGGCGCGUUUGGAGUGCUCGCGAGGAAGAGAUACUAAUGGCAACAUUGAAGGAUCUGGCAGCCCACGGCUGGAAGGCCGACAACGACUUCCGGUCGGGAUAUCUUGUACGGUGUAGGGAGGCGAUAAAUCGAGAAUUUCCAAAAACGGAUAUCUUGCCUCAUCCUCACGUCUAUUCGAAGAUGACAACGUGGAAGAGGAAUUACGGUUCUCUAAAGAUGAUGCUUAACUUCAGUGGUAUUGGGUUCAAUUCCGAUGGUAAAUACAAAAUCGAAUGUGAUGAUGAGUCGUGGGCACAAUUCUUUAAGAAAGACAACAACGCAAGGUAUAUGAGGAAUAAGUCGUGGCCGCAAUAUGAAGACUGGAAGGAGGUAUUCGGAGUUGAUCGUGCUGACAGUGAACGCGGUGCAGAUGUUGCGGCUUCAGCUGAUAAGAUCUAUGGUCAGAAAGAGGUCUCCCCUGACGCGGUUGGUCCAUCCCACCCAAUGACAUUUGAAGAGCUAUUCUCGGAUGAAGUCUUCCCAGAUGGUGUUCUCCCGGAGAUGGUAGAUGAGGGCCAAUUUGUUACAGAGGGUGGUGCGGCUAUGACUGGUGCAGGGGCUGGGUCAGGGACAGGUGCUUCGGUAGGGGCUGGAAAAGGGGUUGCGGGAGCAGGACGAGAAUCCGUGUAACAUUCCGAGUUUUUCCUAUCUUUUUAGUUGAUCUUGAAAAGACGUCAAAUGGGUAUCCGAUUUUUUUUUUUUUUUUGUUUAAUCUUCAUUCAUUUUUUACAAUCAAAGGAGUAUUAGAUGUUUACGAUCGAUCGAGGAGUCGUAAUUUAAGUUUAGUAAUUAGCAUACCACUA